AUGGAAGAACGCCGGGUUGCUUCGUUCAGCAUCGACGUGUUCGCCGACAAGGCCAACGCCAAAGACGUCGUCACUGGUAUUCUCCACACCAUAUUCUGGUAUCGCAUCUUUGCCAACCUCGAUCCCACAUGGCACGAUGUGCUAGAUAUUUCUAUCCCCUGGAUCCAAGACGUCGACCUGCAGACGCUCAUCGAACAACGUGUUGAUCAGUUCAUCCGCCAGACGGAUGCCGACGUCAACGACCAGAAUCAGAACACUCGCGGUCAGCUUGUCGUGCAGUUCAGCGAACGAGAACGCAGACGAAAGAAGGGUUGGUUUGGCGCAAAGGACGAGGACUUGGUCUGGGAAACGUGGACACUGAACAUUGCUCUUGCCUCUCCACGCACUCAUCAAGAAGCAACAACCUCCCGGCGAGCCAUAGAGAGGUCCCUCAGCAACGCCGUCGUGAAAGUCACCGAUAUCGUUCAACAGUACAAAGACCACGUGCCCCCGAUCACCACCCAAGACACCAACACCUUCCCAUACCAUAUCCUUGUCAACCCCAAGAACGACGGAUGGGGUCAACGUAUGGGCAUUUUCUAG